UUUACUUAAAUGCUGUGGAAUUCCCUGAUUAUUUCACUUGUUUCAGCGUGUGUGUACCAAAUCGGCUAUACAGAUUUGAACACUUUCGGAAAACAACACAACGAAACACAUGCUUUGCAAAACGCAUUACGUGGUUACUUACGUGAAAUCCCGGCCCGUCCCAGAAAAAAAGUUAUCAGUUUCUGUGUUUUACUGGCGACCUAUCGAGCACAUUUGCUAGAGUCUUUGUGGAUUUUAAGUGUACCUAAUGUAGAAGUUGGACAAAUUUGUGUGUCCCGUGUCUGGUGGUUUGUGAAUUAUGGCGACUGAGAACAAGUGCGUACUUCAUGGUCAGUGUCAAUCAGAAAAAGAAGCAUUACUGAAGCGAAAUGAGAGUUACAGAUCUCUGGAAAGUGUAGAUCACCAGCCAUGUACCUAUCUGCAGAGGGAUCACAUUUCUGACAUAGAAGAAGACACUUUGCGUCGAAAACUGAAAUAUUUUUUCAUGAGCCCUUGUGACAAAUAUCGAGCAAAAGGCAGAAAACCUUACAAAUUGGUGCUUCAGGUUAUUAAAGUUGUGAUUUUUACCAUUCAGCUAGUAUUAUUUGGUCUUAGUAACCAAAUGGUGGUGACCUUUAAGGAAGAAAAUACUGUAACUUUUAAGCACAUUUUCCUGAAGGAUUACAGUGAUGGCGCUGAUGACACCUAUGCUGUUUAUACCCAGAAUGAUUUUUACGAGCAUAUGUAUUAUGCUGUGGACCAGUAUCUGCAUUUGCACGAUACAUCAAUUGGCCGCUAUGCCUAUGUAAGACGAAAAGAAGAGAAUCGGUCUGCCCUUAUGCUUUGCCAGCACUACUUUAAGCGAGGGAGAAUAGACCCAGCCAAUGAUACUUUUAACAUUGAUCCUGCUGUCAAAACAGAUUGUAUUGGUGUGGAACCCCAGGAGACACCAUAUUUGGACACAAACUACAGAAACUUCACUCUGAAAUUUCAUAAAUUGAUUAAUGUGACUAUCCAAUUUGAUUUGAAAGCAAUCAAUAUCCAAACAAUUAUCAAUAAUGAAGUUCCUGAUUGUUACCACUUCUCUAUCACAAUUACUUUCAACAAUAAAGCUCACAGUGGAAAGGUUAAAAUCAGUUUGGAUAAUGAAGCAAGGAUCAGGGAGUGCAAGUACCGAAGUAUUUCCGGACAAAGAGAUGACUACUACCGCCUUGCAUUUGAUAUAAUUGUUAUUCUGGUUUGCUUAGUUUCCUUCAUUCUUUGUGCACGCUCCAUAGUUAAUGGACUGAGGUUGGAACAAGAAUUUGUGAAGUAUUUCCAGACUCGAUAUCCCACUCAUAGACUCAGUAUAUCUGAUCGUUGCGAGUUCUUGAACAGCUGGUACAUUCUUCUCAUUAUUAGUGAUAUUUUUACUUUAGUGGGAACAAUUAUGAAAAUUGAAAUAGACUUUAAGAUCUUGGUUUCGUAUGAUGCCUGCAGCAUUUUACUGGGGACAUCCACUCUGUUUGUGUGGGUCGGAGUUAUUCGAUAUUUGAAUUUCUUCCACAAGUACAAUAUUCUCAUUGUGACAUUAAGAGCAUCAUUUCCCAAUGUCAUCCGAUUCUGCUGCUGUGUGGCUGUUAUUUACCUAGGAUACUGCUUCUGUGGUUGGAUUGUGCUAGGACCAUAUCAUGUCAAGUUCCGUAGUCUGUCUAUGGUGUCCGAAUGUCUCUUCUCACUCAUAAAUGGAGAUGACAUGUUUGCAACCUUUUCAGAGAUGCAGCAGAACAGCUACCUGGUUUGGCUCUUCAGUCAGGUGUACCUCUAUACCUUCAUCAGCCUUUUCAUCUACAUGGUGCUGAGUCUCUUCAUUGCGUUAAUUACAGGUUCCUAUGAAACUAUUAAGCAUCAAAGAGCAGAACAAGUACACAAAUCAGAAGUGCAUGCCUUCAUAGCACAGUGCACAGAUGAGCCAAAUUCGGGCAAGUUCCGUGAAACGGAGAGGUCUUGGUGCUCACUCCUCUGUUGCUGUGGUGACAGGACUACAACAUACGAAGACAUGCUACUAAUCAACUGAAUGAUCAUUGUCUUGUUUUGCUGACGUUAUGGCAAGAGCAGUGAUGAACUUUACCUGCCACACAAGAAUUAGCACCUGUCUUUGUUCACGUAACCUGAAGGCUACUGGCUGAGUCCUACCUUUGCAGUUAAGAAGGAUGGAUUUCCUAUUGCCUCACCAAACAUGGGCCAAAUGAACUUUACAUCUCAAAGUGAAGGUUGUUAUUUUGUGCUGCAGUAUUCUAAAAGCUCAGUACAUAUGUAGCAAAAAUGCGGUUUUCUUGCACAUCAGAAUAUCGUUUUAGGGACUGUUCAGAGAUGAACAUGCACUUUUGUUUUUAAUAUACCUCAACACUUAAUGGAGAAGAACUUGGAAAAGUUAUUUGAUGUUACGCAGUCUUUAUGCAGGUUGUCAGUCCUAAAAACAACAAGAAAAAUGUAGAUCAAUUUCAUAUUUAAAACCAAGGUGAAUUUUAGACUUGCACUUAACUAAGCAAAUGUUUAAUUUGUUUUGCAUAGCUGUUGUGUAGCGUACUGAAUGUUAAUAACAGAAAUGUUAAAUUCCGCACAGCUGCACUAGGAAAUUCACGUAUGUGUACCAGGUGAGAAAAAUGUCAGAGUACUACAAGUCAGCUAUACAAUCAUGUAGAAGGAUUUUCUUCUUUUAAUUGUCAUAAGGAAAACAGUGUUCAGGGAGUUCUUUUCGAUCCUUAUGAAUUGUUCUUAAUUUUAAAGUACACUGUUAAAUAUUUUAGUUUAGACUGUCUGCAGAUUUUCCUGAUGUUGUUCAUAUGAUUAAUCUGCCUGUGUAUUGUUGGUAUCUCUUUUGUUGUUUCUAAGUAGAAAUGUUAUCUUUUAUGACAUUAUCCUUUUUAAAUUAGAAUAUAAAUGGUUAUGUUUUAAGCACUGUUUAAAGAUAUCAAGGGGCACAGGGUAUUGUAUUUGUUUUAUAAUCAAGACCUGCAAAAGAUAACAGCAAAGACAAUUAAGGUGGGUUUUAUGUUUUGACACCAUGUUUACUGGACCAAAGCCAUGACAUAGGUUAAUAUUCUGGUCUUUAUAGUUGAAAUGCAUAUUUUCAUUUCAUUGAGAACUAAUUUUAGGGUUUGAGUAAUGUGGCUUGUGUGGCAUUUUAUUUCUCUAUCCGCCAUUUGCCAUACACCAUUCUGAAGGACUGUGUCCUGGUAUGGUUGGGACUUGGUGUUUACUGUUUUGUGAGACAUUAAUAGCUGCAAGAAAGCACAUUGUGACUACCACUUAAAAUGCUGUUUUAUGUAGUUUUGAGUAGGCUGGACACACUGAUCCAUGUAUGUCAUUUGCAUCCAUUUAAUUUGCAGGUGCUUAAAGUAUAGUGUGCAAGAGGUCAUCAGACAUAAAAACAUAAACCUGCUAAAGUCUCCUGUGUCUUACUUCAGGAAACUUUUUGCAGUUUGUUGAAUACUUGAGUACUGCCUUCUGUGUUCUUAUUUAAAAUCUUGAGCUCUUAUGCUCAGAAGUUGGUCACCCCAUUUACCACAAACAAGGCUUUCUGCAGUGAGGCUAAGGAGCAUGUAUGCACCAGCAUUGCUCGUUUAUUUCUAGCUAUUCACACAGUUCAGCUCAUUUCUCAACAGUUGUCAUUCAGGGUUGCCAUGCUUGGUGCUGAAAAGCAUAGAACUGAUAAGUACACUUGCAUUUGCCAGACUACAAAUCAACUCCAUCUCAGCAGCUGCCUUUUCUGAUUGUGAGUGAUCAUUGGCUGUCUCCACUGCCAAUGUUACAGCCUUUUUAAUUUCUCUGAAUGUUUAGAAAUUAUAUCACCAUGACAGGAGUGGACCGCAUUCCUUAGUCCGGGUAUAGCUACAUUUCAUGAAACCAGCAUUACCUCAAUAUUUGAUGAGUGUCAAGAGUGCUCUUGUCAACACACACAAACCACCUAGAAUUGACUCCUGCUGUAGUUCCUAUGGAGUUACGUGUAGUUGUAAUAUAUUGCCAGUACCGUGACUUCAGUGUUGAGUGGCAUUUAAGGCUUUUUUAAAACUCUUUUUAUUUGAACAUUUCUUGCACAUACAGAUUGUGAGCAAAUGUAACACAAGUGGUUCUGCAGUUGUAAAAGAACUUGCAUAUGUUGGUAUU